CUGAGAGUCCCUCAGGUGCCUCACGCUCACAGCUCAGGGGACAUCUACAAUGAUCAUCAGGGCACUGAUGAUCAGUGCCCUGAUGAUCAGUGUACCCCCAUCAGUACCACCUGUCAGUGUCCAUCAAUGCCAUCUGUCAGUGCCCAUCAAUGCCACCUGUCAGUGCACAUCAAUGCUACAUAUCAGUGCCUACCAGUGCACAUCAAUGCCACAUAUCAGUGCCCAUCUGAGCUGCCUUUCAGUGCAACCUAUCAGUGCCAGUCAGUGCUACCUAUCAGUACUGCCAAUCAGUGCCACCUAUCAGUUGCCAGUCAGUGCCGCCUAACAGUGCCAGUCAGUGCUGCCUAUCAGUGCUAUACCCAUCAGUGCCACCUAUCAGUGCCCAUCAGUG